AUGGCGCAAGACUUCGAACCUAUCCUCAAGGGCAAGUACCCCGGCAAGGCGCACGCCAGGCGCGUCGUCCAGAUUCUCCGCGAAAAGGGCGCCGCUGCCGACGGCGUCAUCUACCUCGAAGCCCGCCACACCCAGAUGCAGGAGGACAAUGACGGCCCCGUGCCCUUCCGCCAACGCCGCUUCUUCUACUACCUCACCGGCUGCAACCUCGCCGACUGCUACUUCGUCUACGAUAUCCAGGCCGACAAGUCGACCCUCUUCAUCCCCCCCAUCGACCCCGAGGACGUCAUCUGGUCCGGCCUGCCGACUACCAUCGACGACGCCCUCAAGCUCUACGACGUCGACCAUGUCCAGCCCAACACCGCGCUUCCUGCUACCCUCGCCGCCCUCGCCGCCGCCAACCCAAAGAGCACCGUCUACGCCAUUGACGGCCAGGUCUCGGCCCACGUCUCCCUGGAUGCGUUUGCCGCCCGGGACCUUGCGGCCGUCAAGCCCGCCAUGGAGCGCGCCCGCGUCGUCAAGGAUGCGUACGAGGUGGCGCUGAUCCGCCGCGCCAACUACGUCUCCGGCCUCGGCCACGUCGCCGCCAUGCAGCGCGUCAAGUCGGCCACGACGGAGCAGGAGCUCGAGGCCUCCUUCUUGGAGCGCUGCUACUCGUACAACUCCAAGGAGAUGUCGUACCACCCCAUCUUUGCGAGCGGCCGCGCCGCCGCCACGCUGCACUACAUUGACAACACCUGCGCGCUCGAGGGCAAGCAAAACGUUCUCGUCGAUGCCGGCGCCGAGUACAACAACUACUGCGCGGACAUUACCCGCACCUUUCCCAUCAGCGGCAAGUUCACCAAGGAGUCGCAGGCCAUUUACGACAUUGUCCUCAAGAUGAAGAACGAGACUAGUGCGCGCCUCAAGGGCGGCGUCAACUACGACGACCUGCACAUCCUCGCCCACACGAUUGCCAUUGACGGACUGCUCGAGCUCGGCAUUCUCAAGGGCAACCGCGAAGACAUCCUCGCCGCCCGCACGUCGGCUGCGUUUUUCCCCCACGGCCUCGGACACCACCUCGGCAUGGACUGCCACGACACCUGUGGCGGCCAGAACCGCCAGGAUCCCGACAAGCUCUUCCCCAACCUGCGUCUGCGCGGCAUUGUUCCUACCAACUCUGUUGUCACUAUUGAGCCUGGUGUGUACUUUUGCGACUUCAUCAUCAAGCCUUACCUCAAGGACCCCGUCCAUAGCAAAUUCAUCAACGAAGAGGUGCUCAACAAGUACUGGGACGUCGGAGGUGUUCGCAUCGAGGAUGACAUCCUCGUCACCGAGACGGGCCACGAGAACCUGACAAACCUGCCCACUACGGCGGCUGAGAUUGAGGCAAUUGUCGCCAGCGCAUAG